UAAUAGUGGGGGAUUACUAGCUAGAUAGCUAGUUAUUUAAACACAAGCUUAGAGAGAGAAAAUAUGGCGACGGCGAAAAUGAGCAGAGGGUUGGUGAUGCUCACCUUUACGGUGGUCGCAAUCGUACUUUGCAGUCACCGGCUGGCGACGGCUGAAGAGCAGGUGCAAUUAGCAGAUGUCAACAAGGGCGCCAAUAGCACCACAUCACCAUGGACAUUAUUUGUACCUAGUGCAACUGAUAAUUGCUUGAAAAUCUACAAUUGCGCGAGGUACGCAACUACCAGUUGCAUAACCGAAUGCUGCGCGUUAUUCCCCUUCAGUACUAUGCCUAUACGAAAUUGCAUUUGCUGGCGUUUGGCCGAGCAUGUGAAUAAAGAAGCGUUUACUGCUCUUCAAAAAUAUUGUGGCUUCAAGAAUCCUUGUCCACAUAAGCAAGUUAGUUUUCCGCCUUCUUUGCUUGAAAUGAAGCAGCUGGAAGAGGUGGUUGAAACUAGCAAGGCCAUGGACAACAAGAGUAGUUGCAACCAACAACUGCAAGAACAGCNGGAAUAG